AGGACACGUUAUUUUCGAAUUUAUGAGAAAUUCUGUCUUUCUAAUUCAUUACUGACUACUUAUGGAAGUAUUAUAACAUUAAUUUUCAUAUUGUAACAUAUGAAGGAUAACAUAAUCGAUGUGUGUGCUUAGUUACUUUUAAACUUUCGUGUUUAAUAUACAUUAUCUAAAAUAAGAACCGGGUCUUAACACAAAUAAUUUUAUGGCAAAUAAAGAUGUAGAAAAAGCUGCUGCCACCUAUCUACAUUGACAUCGCUGUUGUGACAUGUUACUCCAGUCAGCCACGGACAACGGCUAGUGCAACCUGGUUGAAACCUCAAGAGAGGAACCUUUAUUUGCCAUAAAAUUAUUUGUGUUAAGACCUGGUUAAUAAUUUAAAUAUUGUGUGCUUAGUGCCUUAUAUUAUGUCUAAAUACCACAUACAAUAUUGUAAAUAAAUGUAUUUUUGUUAAAUCUUUUUUAUGUUCUCAAUAUUUAGAGCUUAUCUGUCUUCUCUUAUCUAAAUGUAAUUGCAUGUUUUAAACUUUGCAUCAUCAAAAUAUAUAGUAUACUGAGUAAGUGGUAGUCAGAAAUGCACUGACAACUUUUUUGAAAUAAAUUUACUAAAUUAUUUAUGACAGCAAUGCUAGUGUCACAACCUGACAGUGUGUAGACACUAGAACAUGUUUUUACAUAUUAUUGACAUCUUUUAGAUAUAGUAAUCAUAAUUAUAUUUUAUUAUAAUGACAACAAUCAGAACUAGACCAAAGUCACCAACUCGUGCUGAAGCUAUUGCUAAAGCCCUAAAACCUACUCGUGUAUAUAAUAUGGGAGUACUCUUAGGCAACUGGGUGGAAGAUAGAAUCGAAUGUCGUAAAGAUGGCACAUUGUACUUUCCACCCAAAGAUGUUACAGAUAAAAAAAAAUUUAAACCAGAGUCUAGACAGCCAGAUUUCAGACUGAAUAAAUUAAACAGCUUACAGGGCAAUGUCUAUACAAUAAUACGCCAUGAUAGUCACGACACGUGUAGAAAUUUUGCCAGUAUCAACGAUCUUGUAUACAAUCAUUUACCGAAACAUCUGUGCGGCCCUAUUCAACGAUACUACAAGCGGAGUGCCCACCAAUUUUACCCGCAGCCGGAUCUUAUGAAAUGUUUCGGAAAUGUUACUGAAUGGGGUUUAAGGAAAUACAAACAACACGAGUGGGCAUGCACCGACGUCUCUGACUACGUGUCAACUCUGUAUGAAGACACUUAUUUACCGCCGCAACCGUAUCAAUAUCUACAAAAGUGUGAGCGAAGAGCGCGAAAUUCGAGCUUCACAAAAAGUUUCCGAUUUAAAAUGACAAAAUCAAAACAAUGAUAACAUCAAGAAUCAUUUUCUCUUCACUUUUUGCAAAAAUUAC